UGAACCAGUGACAGAAGUUUGACCAGCGAGUGGUUUGAGGCCAGCACGAGCAGCUUCCUUCUUCUUCUUUCUCUAACAGAACAGACUGUAAUAAUGCGGGGCUUGAUCUGUGGACCUAAACUGGCCGCGUGCGGGAUGGUGUUGAGCACGUGGGGGGUUAUAAUGCUGGCCAUGCUGGGAAUUUUCUUCACCACACAUUCAGCAGUGCUGAUUGAGGACGUGCCCCUGACAGAGGAGGACAUCCAGCAAAACAAUAUUCAGAGGAUCUACGACCUGUACAACAAGGUGGGCUACAACUGCUUCAUAGCUGCUGCUAUCUAUGUCCUGUUUGGAGCCCUCUCCUGCUGCCAGAUGAGGCUCAACAAGCAGAAGGAGUACCUGGUGCACUAGGCCCACUUGCUGGACUGAGGAGCUCCCAGCAGCAGCAGCAGCAGCAGCCUGACAGCAGUUGGAUGUUGUUUGGAUGUUCACCAGGUCUCUGAUCACUAACAUCUGUCUCAGGGUUUCAAAUUCCCAAACAGGAGCUGCAGGAAGGAGACUUGUUGCUGUGUGAGAGCAAAUCAUUGCCCCUCGUGUAGUUCAGAAGAGAUUAAUUCUACCUCACAAGUGCUGAAAUGAUUUGAUUGUGAUAGUUAAAAACUACCCACUGGAACUCCAACUGUUAUAAUGGUUGUUAAAUUAUUUGGUCCUGACUUGCUCUUUCAUACCUACUGUACAAGAAUGUAUCUCUGAUUAUUGCCUGUGUUUCAAUUAUUAUUGUAUUAGAUUAAGGUAUUCAUUUCUUUCAUCGUCUGUGUGUCUGUGCAGUGCCUCUAAGAAAUUAUAUUUUCAACUUUGUCUUUAAAAUAACACCACUAGCUUUGCUGCUGCUGAUCAGUUAUGGAAUCCAGUGUGUCACUUUAUCAGGCUCAGGUACUGCUCUUGCAAACAUGCACACAUCAUUUCAGUCGAGACACACUCUAGUUUUGGACCAGUGUGAUUCAACGUCUCUGCACUGUAGGUAUUUCAAAAUUAAAAAGUACUGACAUAA